CGCAUGCGCAAUGCGCGGGCCUGGCGGGGGCCACCGAGUCGAGCGCCAGCUAGGGGCUCCCUCCUUCCUGCCUGCCUGCCUCCGUCCCUCCCUCCCUCGCGCUCUCCUUCCCCGGCGGGCGGAGGCGACGCGCCGGGCUUCAUUGUGCGCGCGGGGGGCGCCGCCAGCGGGGCCGGGCCUGCCUCCUCCCCCUCCUCGGCCUCGCCUUCCCUCCCCUGCCGGCCGGUUCGGGCCGAGCGCCGCAGCUCGCACGCUCUCCCCGCCGCCCCCGCCUCGCGCCUCGCCGCCGCAGCAGCAGCAUGUCGGGCCGGUCGGUGCGGGCCGAGACCCGCAGCCGCGCCAAGGAUGAUAUCAAGCGGGUGAUGGCGGCCAUCGAGAAAGUGCGCAAAUGGGAGAAGAAAUGGGUAACAGUUGGUGACACCUCCCUGAGGAUUUACAAAUGGGUACCAGUAACGGAGCCAAAAGUAGAUGAUAAGAACAAGAAUAAGAAAAAGGGCAAAGAUGAAAAGUGUGGUUCUGAGGUCACUACUCCAGAGAACAGCUCCUCCCCCGGAAUGAUGGAUAUGCACGAUGACAACAGCAACCAGAGUUCGAUCGCUGAUGCUUCUCCGAUAAAGCAAGAGAACAGCAGCAAUUCGAGUCCCACGCCGGAGCAGAACUCGACGGGGCAAGCAGAUGGUCCCGAAACGAAGUCCGAUGACACUCAAGCGGAAGCGAAAGAGGAGCCUGGGUCAGAAGAUGCGUCCGAUGAACAGAAUUCACAGUCUUCAUUGGAAAAUUCCAUGAACAGUUCAGAGAAAGUGGAAACUCAGCCGCUGGCAGAAAACGAUAUCGCCACAGAGACAUCUAAAAACUCUCAGGACUCUGAAGGAGUUCCACCUUCUAAAAAGAUGAAAGUAGAGGCUCCGUCUCAACAAAACAUUGAUGAAAUAUAGACUCUAGAUUUUUUUCCCCCCUGGCCAGUUUUUACAUAAGGUACAUCAGUGGGCUAAAUUAUAGAACAACCAUACUUUAAGUAUCUUGUCUUGGAGGAAGACAGGACUCCUAUAAACUUUUCAAGUUACCAAGCAAAAAUCCAAGAAAACCAAGCAAAGGCUU